GAACAAGGAAACACAGGAUUGCUCAAUGAGGCGACACCUUUAUAUAUACAGCCUAUAGACGACACACACACACGCACACACACACACGGAGAGACGGACAGGCUUACCGUCAGCUAACAGGGAGUGAAUGCUGUGUUUUCUUCUUCACUCGGAGACUAAAUGGCUUCAAGGUUAGAGGAAGAUCUCUCCUGUCCCAUCUGCUAUGAGAUUUUUAAAGAUCCUGUCAUCCUGUCAUGCAGCCACAGUGUUUGUAAAGACUGUCUGGAGUACUGGUGGGUGGAGAAAGCAAUCCACAACUGUCCUCUUUGUAGGAUUAUUUCAACAUCAGAGGUACGUAGCAACCUGGCUUUAAAGAACCUGUGUGAGAGUUUCUCACUGGAGACGAAUCCGAUAAAAUCAUAUCCACGAUCAGAAGGUGAGGGUAAUCUCUGCAGACUGCACUCUGAGAGACUCAAACUCUUCUGUCUGGAUCAUCAGCAGCCCGUGUGUGUCGUCUGCAGAGAUUCAGAGAAACACAGCGACCACAGAUUCAAACCCAUCGAUGAAGCUGCACGACAGCACAAGGAGGAGCUCCAGGAAACUCUGCAGCCCUUACAGAAGAAGUUAAGGGAUUUAAAAAAAGUUAUAAUGAGUUGUAAUCCAACAUCAGAACACAUACAAGUCCAGGCCCGACGCACAGAGAGGCAGAUUAAGGAGCGGUUUAAAGAGCUUCACCAGUUUCUAGAAGAGGAAGAGGAGGCCAGGGUGGCUGCACUGAGGGAGGAAGAGGAGCAGAAGAGGAAGAUGAUGGAGGAGAAGAUGGAGGCUGUGAGCAGAGAGAUAGCAGCUAUUUCACUCACAGUCAGAGCCACAGAGGAGGAGCUGAGAGCUGAAGACGUCUCCUUCCUGAACAACUACAAGGCUGCAGUGGAGAGGCUGCAGCGCCCCCUGCUGGAGGAUCCACAGCUGCCCUCAGGAGCUCUGAUAGACCAGGCCAAACACCUGGGCAACCUCAGCUUCAACAUCUGGAGCAAGAUGAAGGACAUAGUGUCAUAUCACCCUCUCAUCCUGGACCCAAACACUGCCUAUCCUGGACUUGUGGUCUCUGAAGAUCUGACCACGGCGAGCGAAUCAGAUUGUCAAUAUCUUCCUGAUAAUCCAGAGAGGUUUGGAGAACAAUGGUCUGUCCUGGGCUCUGAGGGCUUUAACUCAGGGACGCACUGCUGGGAUUUCGACGUUGCAGAGAGUGAUGACUGGGAUGUCGGUGUGAUGGCACAGUCUGGUCAGAGGAAGGGAGAUACAAAGUCUGGAUUAUGGAUCAUAAAUCUCCAUUAUGGUGAAUACGCAGCGGGGUCACCACCAGGUCCAGAAACUCCUCUCCCAUUUAAGAAGAAGCUCCAGAGGGUCAGAGUGAAUCUGGACUGGGAUGGAGGAAAGUUGUCGUUCUCUGAUCCUGAGACUAACACACACUUACACACCUUCACACACACUUUCACUGAGAGGCUGUUUCCAUACAUUAACACUGGGAAUGGACUCCCAGUGACGAGCUCACCAGCGAAGGUCUCUGUGGCGGUACAACAACAGGAAUAGAAGAUGAUGACACAAUUAUCAAGUAUAUUUCAAGACGUACUGAACUUUAUUCUCUGUGUCUUUGAGGAACUUUAUUCACUUCUGGAGCAGACACUAGUUAGCUACUAGUUAGCCAGCAAUGCUAAUCAAGGCAAACAAAUGUAGUGAACGCAGUGACUCUCUACUACAGCUAGCUUAACUUCAAAAUCUGAGAAUAAUUAGCAAGGAGCUAACGGCAUUCUGCAAGAUAACAACGACCAGCCUGCUUAGCCAAGCACACAUCCAACAGUGACUCUGCUUUUCUUCAUUGAGGCUAAGCUAAUGCUAAGUAGCCUUUCCAUUCAUGGACUGAACAUCCACUGCAUUGUAAACUAACUUUGCACGGCUAAGCUAGCAUCGAACUGCUAUACUGUUGUAAAUGUUUCUACGUGUGUUGAUUUGUUUUUUUCAGAAUCUGAGCUUUAGUGUGUGAUUUAUAGAGUGGUGCAGUGCUGACGUAUUUUUUUAAGGUCAACGCAGAAGUUAGCAUCAUCUCUUGACAAAAUGCUAUGGGAUUUUCAUGUUGGAUUUCGGUAUAUUUCAGAGAGUAAUCUCUGUGUCAAACAAACGUUUAUGAUGCUUACACAUUUUCUUUAGCAAGAUGUUUUUUUGGUGGCUGUCUUUUAUUUAAUUUUCGUAGUGGCCAUAUGGUGGUACUGCACUUGUGUUAUAUUCUGGGACGUUUUAUGACUUUUUCCCAUUGACUUACAUUGGGGAAAUAAAUGUAUGUAAAUCAGUGUAUAAUUUGUUUUCAGCUAAAUAAACUACCCAUUACA